ACUCCGGACCGAAUGAAUAUUUGUUCUCACAGCCGAUACUCUCGCUCCCGAAUACCUUCGCCCGAAACCCUCGAUAACCUCUUCCUCCUCUCUCGAAUCUGGGCACCUCCUUCCUCUUGUGCCCUAGCCGGCGGCUGUUCUCUGCGGCUUUCCCCUCACCGCCGGUUCUCACCGUCGAGCACUCCUCCAGUAAGAUUUUUUUCCCGCCCAAAUGCAUCAGGAUACCUUCCUACUUACAAUUCUUGGUCGGUUUCUUGCCCUCCGUGGCGCAUUCCCGUCACCGCCGGUACCUUCGUCUGUGGGAGAAUAUAAGAAACUAGUUGAGGAAGGAAAGAUAAAAUAUAUAGGAUUGUCUGACGCUUCUGCUUCAACAAUUAGGAGGGCACAUGCAGUUCAUCCAAUUUCUGCUGUGCAGCUAGAGUGGUCUUUGUGGUCACGGGAUGUUGAGGUUGAUAUCAUUCCUACCUGCAGGGAACUUGGAAUUGGCAUUGUUGCAUACAGCCCACUGGGGAGGGGCUUCUUCUCUUCUGGGCCGAAGUUGGUUGAUGAGCUAUCUAGCGAAGACGUCUGCAAGAGUAUUUCUAAAAUUAACAAAUUGCAUAUGCUGCCAAGAUUUCAACCUGAGAAUUUAGAAAAAAAAAAUGCUGAAAUAUUUGAGAAAUUGAAUGAAAUUGCAUCCAGAAAGGGUUGUACGCCCUCACAACUUGCACUCGCUGGGGUGCAUCACCAGGGAAGUGAUUUAGUCCCCAUUCCCGGCACUACGAAGAUCGUAAACUUCAAUCAGAAUGUUGGGGCACUUUCUGUGAAGCCUAGGACUGAAGAAAUAGCCGAACUAGAAUCAUAUGCUUCUGAAGAUAUUGUGAUGGGUGAUAGAUAUGGUACCGGAAUGGCGACCUGGAAAAACUCUGAGACCCCUCCCCUUUCCUCUUGGAAUGUUCAAUGCUGGUGUCUUUAUUGCUGUUUUACAGCUCUGAGAAGAAUGAUUUCUGCUUGCUUGUUCCUUUCUUGCGCAGAUUGAAUAAGUUAUACUUGGAUCAACUUAAAGGGUGCUUUUGCUGUUAAACAAGUUACAAUUAUGAGAUUUAAUCGUUGCAUUGUGCUUUUUACCUGCAAUUUUUCAUAUUUUGACAUCCGUUUUGAGAAG